AUGCCAUUAGAAUCGAUCAUCUGCUUCAAGGAGCUAGCUUUCGUCUUCACAAAGGAGUACACUUCCUACCGGAGGAUCAAGAAACAAGCCGACCACCUGUUCAACAUGCGUAAGAAGCCUGAUGAGUCCCUCCUAGAUUACCUUAAAAGGUUCAAGGGAAAGAAAGCCAACAUUGUGGGAUGCGAUGAUCAAAUCACAUCCUUUGGUUUCAAAAAGGGCUUACCAGCUGAGCAUGACCUAUAUCUAAAAUGGAACGCUACGUGCUUUGGGAUAACGAUUGCCCAAGGAGGCAUGACAGAGAAGUGA